UGCCAUAUUAAUUUAGCUAACGCUUAUUAUUUGCACUGAUACAAUUUUUGCUGUGGAAGAUCUCGCGCUUGAAGCUAAUAUUUCAAGUUUCAUUUAUGAAAAUAACUUUCUUUAAAUUAAAAAUUGAUAUUGAGCAAAAAUCAUAAGCAAAAAUUGUUUUUGCAAAACUUCCGGAAAUGGUAUCAGCCAUUUUGCGGCGUCGGCACUUCUCUUGUUCUCGGCGACUACCGGUUGGCCGCGUGUCAUUCUUUGCUGUAUUCAUUGCCAGCCGCACCUCUCACAAUGGCCGAAAACGAGAACGAGCUGCUGGACUACGAGGAUGCCGACGAGGACGAGACCGCCGAGCAGACCAUCGCCGCCGACUCGGCGGCGCCCGCCAAGAAGGACGUCAAGGGAACGUACGUCUCCAUCCACAGCAGCGGCUUCCGGGACUUCCUGCUCAAACCGGAGAUCCUGAGAGCCAUCGUCGAGUGCGGCUUCGAGCACCCCUCCGAAGUGCAGCACGAGUGCAUUCCCCAAGCGGUGCUGGGCAUGGACAUCCUGUGCCAGGCCAAGUCCGGCAUGGGCAAGACGGCCGUGUUCGUGUUGGCCUGUCUGCAGCAGCUGGAAAUGGUGGACGACCAGGUGUCAGUGCUCGUCAUGUGCCACACCAGGGAGCUCGCCUUCCAGAUCAGCAAGGAGUUCGAGAGAUUCUCCAAGUACAUGUCCACCGUAAAGGUGGCCGUGUUCUUCGGUGGCAUGCCGAUCCAGAACGACGAGAAAGUGCUGAAGGACAAGUGUCCCCACAUCGUGGUCGGCACUCCGGGCCGACUGCUGGCUCUCGUCCGCACCAAGAAACUGAACCUGAAGAACCUCAAGCACUUUGUGCUCGAUGAGUGCGACAAAAUGCUGGAGGAACUGGACAUGCGCCGCGACGUCCAGGAGAUCUUCCGCAACACGCCGCACGAGAAGCAAGUCCUCAUGUUCUCCGCCACACUCAGCAAGGAGAUCCGGCCCGUCUGCAAGAAGUUCAUGCAGGAUCCCAUGGAGGUGUACGUCGACGACGAGGCCAAGCUGACCCUGCACGGCCUGCAGCAGCACUACUGCAAGGUCAAGGAGAACGAGAAGAACCGCAAACUGUUUGAGUUGCUCGAUGUCCUCGAGUUCAACCAGGUGGUGAUCUUCGUCAAGUCUAUCCAGCGCUGCAUGGCCCUGGCCAAGCUGCUGAUCGAGCAGAAUUUCCCGGCCAUCGCCAUUCACCGCUCCAUGUCUCAGGAGGAGCGGCUGAGCAAGUACCAGCAGUUCAAGGACUUCCAGAAGCGGAUCCUUGUGGCCACGAACCUCUUCGGCCGCGGUAUGGAUAUCGAGCGGGUCAACAUCGUGUUCAACUACGACAUGCCCGAGGACUCGGACACGUACCUGCACCGCGUGGCGCGCGCCGGACGGUUCGGCACCAAGGGUCUGGCCAUCACCUUCAUCUCUGACGAGGCGAACGCCAAGAUCCUGAAUGAUGUCCAGGACCGGUUCGACGUCAACAUCACGGAGCUGCCCGACGAGAUCGACCUCUCCUCGUACAUCGAAGGACGCUAGACUUCAUCAUCACCAAAGCCACCAUGAUCGCCCGGGGAUGGAGACCAGCCGUGCCGCCCUGUGCGGGCACUGUUCGCACCGCGCCCGGCGGGCCGCGCUACCAACGGAGCGUGAUUCGUCGUCAACCUCAUCACUCGCGCUUCAGACAUACCGGAAUACAUGUUCAGUUUUAAGCAGACAGUUUCUUUCAGAGGGGCGUGGGUGAUGACAACCAAAGUGAAGCACCGGGGUUGUGUGUUGAUAUCGCAGAAAACCUACAAAGCUGUGUAUCAGGCGGUCUGCGGAAAGUCACCGGUCACUGGCGUUCUUCGAGAGUCGCCCCUGCUGAUUCGCCGGCGGCUGCGGAGCGCCCUGUUUUACCCCGUGACGGGACCGGCGCCAUCAGGACCACAUCGAGUGCGCAGGAGGGCGGUGUGUUGUGUUUUGUUCAAUGGCUUGCUCAUGUAUCAUACGUCAUAAACCGUGCCGAGUCAGGUACCGGAGAAAGAAUAUACCACAGUCUCGCUUCAUAUUUAA